GCGGAGAGGGAUGCUGAGUAAUCCUGCUGUCAAUGGGCGAGGACGCAGCAGCAGGCCCCCAGGAAAUUAACCAUGGCUUUCUGCGGGAUCACAACUAUGUGACUGAAGGCCUAGCAUAGCAUGGGCGGCGGCAGCCAUGCAAGCUUCCCCACACUGCCAUGCCAAUGUGUCUCAACCCUCUUCUGAAGAGAUCACUUCUGGAGGUGAGUGAGAAGCUGACAUUAUUUCAACUGUUGAAUUCAACCAUACAGGAGAGUUGCUGGCAACAGGGGACAAAGGAGGUCGAGUAGUUAUAUUCCAAAGGGAGCCAGAGAGUAAAAAUGAUCCAUAUGGCCAGGGCGAAUACAAUGUUUACAGCACCUUCCAGAGCCAUGAACCAGAGUUUGACUAUUUAAAGAGUUUGGAAAUAGAGGAAAAAAUAAACAAGAUAAAGUGGCUGCCUCAGCAGAAUGCAGGCCAUUCUCUCCUGUCAACAAAUGAUAAAACUAUUAAAUUGUGGAAGGUUACUGAACGGGAUAAGAAACCAGAAGGAUACAAUUUAAAGGAUGAAGAAGGAAAGCUUAAAGAUCUUUCUACUGUGACCUCACUUCAGGAGAAUGGAGACAUUGUAGAUAUAAAACCAGCUAACAUGGAGGAUUUGACAGAAGUUAUUACUGCAUCUGAAUUCCAUCCUCACCACUGCAAUCUCUUUGUCUAUAGCAGUAGCAAAGGAUCUUUGAGACUUUGCGACAUGAGGGCAUCUGCUCUCUGUGACAAACAUUUCAAACUUUUUGAAGAACCCGAAGAUCCCGGUAGCCGUUCAUUUUUCUCUGAAAUUAUUUCUUCUGUGUCAGAUGUCAAAUUCAGCCACAGUGGACGAUAUAUGUUAGCAAGAGAUUAUCUCACUGUCAAAGUUUGGGAUCUGAACAUGGAAACAAAGCCUAUAGAAAUAUACCAGGUACAUGACUACUUGAGAAGCAAGUUGUGUUCUCUUUAUGAAAAUGACUGCAUCUUUGACAAGUUUGAAUGUGCAUGGAAUGGUUCUGACAGUGUCAUUAUGACAGGGGCAUAUAACAACUUCUUUAGAAUGUUUGACCGGAAUACUAAACGUGAUGUUACUUUAGAGGCCUCCCGUGAAAGUAGCAAACCACGAGCUAUUCUAAAACCUCGCCGAGUAUGUCUUGGUGGCAAGAGAAGGAAAGAUGACAUCAGUGUUGACAGUCUGGACUUUACUAAGAAGAUUCUACAUACAGCAUGGCACCCAACAGAGAACAUUAUUGCUAUUGCUGCCACAAACAAUCUGUAUAUAUUUCAAGACAAAAUGAACUCUGGAAUGCACUAGGAUUGAUUCCUCUUAAUACACAAACAUUUGGAAAAGUGAUAGGUGUGAUCAUUGCUUGAGCUGAGAUGCUAAGCCCUUCAAAGUAAAUACUACUGAAUUUAGUGGGACUUACUUCUCAAUAAAUAUCUGAAAAAUCAAGAUGUGAUGGAGAUGGAGAUGCCCUUUUAAGUACUACACGACUCAUUCCUUUUGGGAACCACCCAUAUAUUCUAAGUCACUACAAUAGCUGCGAAUAUUUCAAUAAUAUUUCAAAAAUAAAUUCUCUGUUAAGAAGAGUUCACCUGUGUCUGUUCAUCACUAAUUUUGUGUUAGCUUGUUUUGUAAAGACUGUUCAUGCUCACAGUGGAAAUGUGGAGGAAGCAAAUGUCCAGUGCCAGCCAUGUAUCAGAAAUAUGUGUUUGCAUUCUUAUCAAAAUGUCUACUAGGCAGGCAGCACCUUAUGGUUCUGACAGAGACCAACAUAUCAGAGGCUGGUUCUGGAUUACUCUAUGAUGCUUGUUCGCUUACAUUAGAGGAAUUCUUGUUGCAGUGCCAGCCUGGAAGGAGAUGCUGUAUUUUCCUUGGUGCUGCAAGAAGAAUAAUCAUGGAUACUAACAUGAAGAAAAGACUGGACCAGUUGUAGCUAGCAUAGCUAGUUGAAUACUUCUUAUCAAGCUCAUUUUCACUGCUUGUAUAAUUAGUCUCAAGUUGAUCUCCAACUGACAGAACACAGGAACUCAAACAAUAAAAUGGACCAUAUCACCCUUGAAUGAGCCUAGAAGAACAGUAGGAAAUGGAAUAUGGAGGUUAAAAAUAUGUAUGGCUAAAGAAACCUGCAAAAUUAUUUUUGUAUGAAUGAUCUCACACUUAUUUCUUGCCCUUGCAAUGUCUGGUUAAACUGAUUUUGAUCAGCUCACUGUUGGCAUGUGGCUUCUGUUUCAGUUGGUGGUGAAUCUACUCCUUUCUUUAACCCAGACUUUAAAGAAGGUGCUAAGGAAUUGGACCUAUUUCAGGGAUAGGGUUCAGCACCUUGGAUAACACUUUAAAAUUUGGACUAAAGCCUAGAGUAGAGUCACCCAUCCCUCUAAAAUGGGAGCCACCAGGUGCUACUGCAUAAACCUCUCAAGUGUUCAUUUUAUACUGCUCUAAACUGAGCUUUUGGGGAAUAGGAAAAUUCCUCAUAAAGAAACAUGUGCACUCUUGUACCUUGAUUUGGAGCUGAGCAAUAAGAAAGCUUUGCCAACACGUGAAAUUAAUGACAUUUGCUCCACUCUUUUUUUAAUUGAAUCCCAUUCUUGUGAGAAAGAUGGAAUAUAAAUUCAGUAAAUAAAAUAAAUAAUUGAUGAUCAGUGUUGUGCAUCAAAGCAUAAUGCAUAUGCAUCAGUUUCAAUAAUCCACAUAAGACAUGAAAUGUAUAUAAUAAUUUUAAGUGAGAUGAAAGAAUGUUUCAAGUUACCGUAUGCCCUACAAGAUGGGCAGUAUUUAUGUAUAUUGUAUUCUAACUCAGUUUCAACAAUCUUGUACAAAAGUUUUACAAAUGCAGAAUAUUGUGUAGCCAAAUUACAUUUUAAACCUUGGUUUGAUUCAUUAGUCACAGCAGUUCAAACAAUGCUGAGAGCAUACUAGCAUUUAUAGCUGCAAAGAUAGAUAUAUGUUGGGUGGAUUGGUAGUAACCUCAGACUGUAACCAAUGAUUAAAUGAAAAGAUUUUACGUUCAAAAUUGACUUUUAUUUCAAAUCCCUUACUCUUUAACUCACGAGUACUGAAUUGGUUUACAUGCAGACUUUAAAAGAUCUAUCUAACUUGUAUAUAUAGAGAGAUCCCUUGCAAAGUGUAAGCUCCAGAAAUACAGGAUUCUUGUACAAGCAUUCUUGCAUGAAUAUGGAAUGGGCCUCAUUCAUAUAAAGCUUUCAGUAGAAAAAGAAGGAAUUAAAGUUGGACAGAAAUAUAUUUGGGUCUUUAGUAUCACAAUUAUAACCCAAUCUCCUGUUUUUGUGAAUGUAAUAAUAAUAAUAAUAAUAAUAUUGCUCAUCAGAAAUCCAAGAAAUAAAUUUAUUUCCUCCCUUUGGCUUUGGGCUUUCAGUGGUAGGUAAUGAUAUACCUGGUAAAUGAUUAUUUGGAAGGCUUUGUGGCUGCAUUUUUGUUCUCCAAAAGUAUGCUGACUAUUGCUGAACAUAUUUAUAAAUAUGUUGAUACUGGCUU